UAAUCAGCCCUUACAAUCAAGAAUGCUCUGAAUUAGGAGUUUGUUUUUAUGAUAGUGAGCAAGAGAAUUACCGUUUUUUUACUUGGGGAGAAGUGAGUAUUGAAAAUAUUAUAGGUUUAGUUAGUGAAAAAAUUAAGGAAUAUAAAGUAGAAAAGGUUAUUUUCAAUCAGCCAAAAAAGGCUACCGCAAAAGUUAAAGAAAAUUUUGCUUCUUUGUCUUUAAUGGUUAAUUUUCAGGCUACGUCAAAAGAAAUAGUUCAGGAAAUUAAUUCUUUACUUAAUAAGGGAAUAUAUUCAAUUGCUAAUUUGGAAAGAAAAGAAAAAGAAGCCGGUCAGAAAUUAAUUCAAGAGAACGAAACUCCUCAGCCCCUCGAAAAAGAAAAAACUUAUGAAAAGCAACCGCCUAUCGUGUUUUCCGGCAAAAUAGUUAAGUGUGAAGUGGUGACUGUAAAAAAAGGAGCCAACGAAGGAAGUGCUUUUUACUCUCUGUUAGUAGAGCAUGAUAACAAUGGACUUCCGCAACCCAUAAGAAUAGUUGGGGCGGAAAGGGCUUUAGUCUUUCAUUUUGGGAAGAAACAAGCAAAGAAUAAUUAUGACUUUUAUCGCUUUUGGCAAUCACACC